AUGUCUGCUCGUCGUCCCCACGGGCAAAGCUAUGCCGACGUCACGGCUCAGCCGGCUCAAGCAGCUGACUCCGACACCACUCCAGCUGUUCCCGCUGACGUGAUAUACAAAUUGCUUGCCUUUACGGCGGCGAUGGCAAUCGGGCCUAUCGGUGUCUAUUUCUUGACUGUGAAUUCAGUCUUCGGAGGUUCGUACUCAACGGACUGUUUAUCACCUGAAACGAGCCAUCAACUGAAAUCAAUAGGGAACUCGACAUAUGCUGGUAUCACUGCUGCUGUGGUCGCCAAUCUGGUCUUGUUUGGAUAUAUCUAUGUGGCUUGGUUAGAAGACCAAGGCGACAGACAGGUGGCGGAAAAAGCCAAGUCCAAGAAAGCGCAGUAG